CCAAGCGAAACCACGGCGGGUGAGAGCCACGGGGCCAGCGGCAGCGUGAGGAGGGAAGGCAGCGUGGCACCAUGCCUGCGGCAGAGGGGGUCCUCCUCCGCUCGGUGACCAUGUGGCUGCUCCUGCAGAGCCUCCUCCUCCUGGCCUCCUGCCUCCGCUCCGCCGCCGCGUUCCCCAAGGGCUGCUACCCCUCGGAAGAGGAGGGGCUGAAGACCUUCCGCUGCAGCAACGCUCGGCUCACCGAGGUCCCCAGAGACAUACCCAACGACACCAACAAGCUCUUCCUGGAUUCCAACCGAAUCCCUUUCCUGCCCCGCGACGCUUUCCGGGACCUGCCGCUCCUGCUGGAGCUGGACCUGUCCCACAACGCCAUCGCCAGCGUCGAGAGCGGGGCUUUCCGGGGCCUGGCAGAGCACCUGCACUCCUUGGACUUGUCUUCCAACAGGCUGGUGUCGGUCAGCAAGGACGCCUUCAGCAACCUGAAGGCCAAGGUCAACCUCUCCAACAACCCCUGGCUGUGUGACUGCCGGCUGCAGGAGCUGAUCCGCACGGUGGACCUGGUGGCCGGCUCCUCGGGUGGCAUCGUGUGCCACUCCUCUGCUCAGGAGGAGCACGUGGGCAAAGCUUUCCUGCAGGUCAUCGCCGACACGGACUUCUGCAACGUGUACAAAAAGACCACGGACAUCGCCAUGCUGGUCACCAUGUUCGGCUGGUUCGCCAUGGUGAUCUCCUACCUGGUCUACUACGUGCGGCAGAACCAGGAGGACGCCCGGCGGCACCUGGAGUAUCUCAAGUCCCUGCCCAGCAAGCAGCGGAGGUCGGAGGAGUCGUCCACCAUCAGCACCGUGGUGUGAGGGCACCGGCAUCCCGCAGGACACGGGGACGCACGGAGCUGGGGAUCGGGGCUUGCCACGGCUUCAGGAGCCGUUGGGAGCUGCCACCGUCGCACAGAAGGAGCCGUGGAUGUUUUGUUCUCCCCCAGGAAGUGGUGUCUGGCAGCAGGAGCCACGUCUGGUGAGUGCCAGGCUCUGGCACGGCGAGGGCCGAUGCGGCUGCGGUCGGGGGCGGUUGUCGACAAUGAGCACAGAGAGGCCUC